UUAGCAGACAGGGGUCCUAGAGGGCAAAUAAUAACCCACAAUUGCCCAGCGUUCUUCUCAGCAACCCUUGUGAGCUAGCCAGAACCAUGUGGCAUUAUGGAUAGUGGUUGUCUCGGAUUCCGAAAGGCCGGAGUUCAAAUUUUGCCUCAAACAAGUCCUAGAAGUGUGACCUUGGGAGAGUCACUUAACUCCUCUCAGCCUCAGUUUCCUCAUUUGUAAAAUGGGAAUGACACGCACCUAUUUCAGAGUUGUGAUGAACAAACGAGACAGGCACUACAUGCAUCUUAAUCUCCUCAGCCCUCCAUGUCACUCACCCCUCUCUGUUGGGAAAUUCUAGCCAGCUACCCCGAUCUGAAUGUUUCUUACCUGCCCCAGAGAGCGGACCUUGGAACUCGAGCUGAAAGGGUUCCUGGACUCCCUAAAUUUCCAGGGCCGACUCCUGGAUGGCUGACUCACGGGAGCUGAGGCUGGAGCCUGAGAUGGCAGGAGAUCUCUGGAAGAUGGCAGACGGCCACCAGGAGUGGAGUGGCGGUGCUUACCUGUUUGUGGAAUCCACAAUGGAGAAAGUCAUUCUGUCUGACCUAUACCAGGAUCCUCAGAAGAAGCUGGCAGUAUUUCGGGCCCUUAAAAUGGCCCUAGCAGAAUGCUCCGGGAGCCAGGAUGGGGCGCAGAUUCUGAAGAUUCACUGCAGCGGCCUCCAGCUCAUCGUGCAGCUGAAGUUCUGCGGGCAGGAGCUGUGCGGCCGCUUCCUCCGGAGCUACCGCGAGGGGGCUCUGCGGGAUGCCCUCCGGAACAGCCUGGUGCCUCUCCUCGACCAAGCUCAGCACCUCGGACAGCUGCACCUGGAGCUGCACGUGGGCUCCGAGCGCCUGGACUUGAUGCUGCAUGAGGAGGACCGCUGCUUGCGCUGCAUUCAUCAGGCCAAGCCGGACCGGCUCCGAGAUGAGGAGAUAAGUGAUCUGGAGGAUGCUUUCCGGAGCCUGACCUGCGACCCGGGGGGCGGGGUGGCCCUUGCCUCUGGCCCCGAGGCUCCAGCCCUCAAGGCUCCAGCCCCCAAGGCCCCUGCCCCCAGAGUCCCUGUCCACUCGCCCCCUCCCCCUAUGCAGGGGCAGACUUUUGUGUUCCAGGGACAGGAAUUUGCUAACCGACCGCUGAACUCGGAUGACCAACUGAAAUUUGCCCGCUUGGUGGGACGCAAAUGGCGGACAGUGGGCCGGGCAUUGCAGUGCCCUGCCCUUCGGGAGCAAGAUCUGGAAAACCUGGCCUACGACUACGACCGUGAUGGGCUUUUUGAGCAGGCCUUCCAGCUGCUUCACCAUUUUGUACAGGCCGAGGGCCGCCGGGCCACCCUCCAGCGCCUCAUCGAGGCUCUGGACAGAAGCAGCCUCACCAGUGUGGCUGAGGACUUGCUGGGGCUGCCUAGGGUCCAGGAGGAUGGGGACCAUGAGAAGGAGCAGGGGUAGGCGGCACUGCCCAGCCCACCUGGCCUGAGUCAGCAUGAUCCAGACCUGUUGGGUCAAGGGUGGGACUCCUGAUUUGUCUGGGUCCUGGGGUAGCCAGCUGACCCAUCCAGGCACUGUGAAGACCCUACUCUCUCGGAGAGGGCUGCAGGACAGAAGGAGGGCUGCUCUCCCACCCAGCUCCCAUCAGCCCUUGGAUGUUUCCCUCACACACAUACAGGGACCUUUAGCCUCUCCUGUGCCCACCCACCCACCAACAGCCAUUCCCCCAUCUUCUUUUCAAGGCCCAAGCACUUUGGAGGCUGUUCAGCCCAACAGAUCCAAAGUAAUGCAGAACUGAAAGGCCCCGAGGUUUGGAUGGUGAGGCUGGAUGAGUGGAGGAGACCAUUGGGGAAGAGAAGGAACCCCAAAGGAGGGUUUAGUAAUAUUUAUAGAGGGUGUCCCCAAAGUCUUAGAGCAGUUAAAGUCUUGGAACUUUUAAAGCUAUAAUUGCUCUAAGAAUGGGGACACCCUGCCUAGUGCCUUCUGGUCUGCAAUGCAUUUUUACUAUUAUCUCUUUCGAUCAUCAUAACACAACCCUGGGAGGUUGGUGCUAUCAGUAUUCCUAUUUUGCAAAUGAGGGAACCAAGGCUGAGGGAAAUUAAAUGACUUGCCUAGGGGA